UAUGCACGUUUUAGCGCACUUUGUAAACAAAAAGAGUGCGGGAAUCUGCAAGUAUUGUGCUAAACAUUGAAUUCGUGACUGUAUCAACCUCCAUUAAAAUCUUAAUUAUGCCGGCCGCCAAAUCAAUGCGUUAUGCCCACAGUGACGGUUUUACUGACGUUUGUUACGAAGAAUCGGGAAGGUAUAUAUUGACUUGUGGAUCUGAUGGUGAUGUGAGGAUAUGGGAUGGUAUAGAAGAUGAUGAUGCUAUCUCUCACAGGUGUGGAGACAAGUCAUUUGCCAUAGCCAUCAAGGGAAACCGCUACUUUGCAGCAACUGAUACAAACACAAUUCAAGCAUAUACAUUUCCUGAUGGUACUCCAGAUGGUAUUUUGACAAGAUUUACUGCCCCUGCCAAUCACAUUGUUUUAAAUAAAAGUGGUUCAACUCUAGUUGCUGGUGCUAGUGAUUUUACUAUAAAGAUUGUUGAUGUGAGCAAUUGUAGUUAUAAAACCUGCCAGGGACAUGAAGCACCUGUACUCAGUGUGGCUAUAGAUCCAAAGGAAGAAUUCUUGGUUUCUUCAAGUUGUGAUGGAACUGUCCGGCUAUGGAAGAUGAGUGAUCGUUCACAGAUACAAUCUUUCUCUCUUCUACCUAAGUGUAGUGAUGCGAGUUUGUCAAAAACAAUGUGUAGGAUGUGCUGGGAACCAGAAAAUGGGAAAAUACUCUUCAUACCAGUUCAGAAAGAGAUUCAUAUGUAUGAGAGAGAAACAUGGAAGAAACUAUCUACCUUGACUGACUCAUCAUUUACUGAGCAUGUAUCAGUGCUGGCUGUUAGUCCAGAUGGGAAAUACCUAGCAGCAGGAGGGUCUGAUGGUUGGAUUUGUGUGUUCAAUCUACAGUCCAAGAAAUGUGUUGAUAAACAUAAGAAUGAGAAAGGGCUCUCUAUCAUGUCUUUAGCUUGGAAUCCAAAAGGAAAUAUGGAACUUGUUUUCUGUGAUAAUCAGGGUCAACUUGGACAGUUAAGUGAAAUAUCUAUAACAGAAAAAGAAAAGGAUGAUGAAGGUAGUAGUAAGGUAGCGAGCGGUGUAUUUGAUGAUGAAGAUGAUGAUUUUCUCAUACAAGCUACAAAUGAUGAUGAUACAAUGGCUAGUGAUGAUGACAUGACAGGUGUAACAUCUAAACCUACACAACCUCUCUUCUCAGAUGAUGAUGGAGAUAGUAUUCCUGACUUCAAGAAAGCAGAUGAUGAUGCCUCAAGUAUAACCUCUGAGAAGUCUGAAAUACCAAAGCCAGAAGUCCGCAUUGAGGGAUUCAAACCCACUCCUCUACAGAGGCCCUUUCAGCCUGGCUCAACACCUGAACAUCUUUCUAGUAGGUUUAUGGUGUGGAACUCUGUGGGAGUUGUGAAACAGUACAACUCAGAUGAUGAGAAUUCUAUUGAUAUAGAGUUCCAUGAUACAUCCAUACAUCAUGCUAUGCAUAUAAUGAACAACUUUAAUUACACUAUGUCAGACUUGUCUACUGAGGCUGUUGUCCUAGCAACAGAGGGGGAUUCUGAUGCUGCAAGUAAACUCACUUGCAUGCAUUUUUCAUCCUGGGACAACAAUAAAGAAUGGAGCAUUAGUAUGCCCGACGAGGAGGAGAUUCAGUGUGUUACACUUGGUGAGGGAUGGCUUGCAGCUGCCACAGAACUUAGAAACUUGCGUCUGUUCUCAGUGGCUGGUGUACAGAAGGAGAUAUUUACCCUGCCAGGACCAGUGGUGUGUAUGAGUGGACAUCAAAACCAGCUGAUGAUUGUUUACCACAGAGGAAUGGGAAUACCUGGUGAACAGUGUCUUGGUGUUUCUUUGUUGGAUGUAAGAGAAUGGAAGAGGGAAAUCCAUGGAGAACCUUUACCAUUGUCAUCUAAGUCUACAUUGGCAUGGGCAGGGUUCUCGGCUGAAGGAACACCAUUUUAUAUGGAUUCUACUGGAAUUGUGCGAAUGCUUUGUAGAAAUAUGGGUAAAACAUGGGUACAGGUUGCUAACACAAGGACAAAUGCCAAAGGAAAAUCAGACCAUUACUGGAUAGUUGGUAUCCAUGAAAACCCCCAACAGCUCAGGUGUAUACCAUGUAAGGGCUCAAGAUACCCUGCCACUUUACCCAGGCCAGCUCCUGUCAUUUUGCCCUUCCAGAUACCUUUAUGUGAACUUGCCACAGAGAAAAGUCAAUAUGAGGAGUCAUUAUGGAGGACAAACCUACUGUCAGGACACUUUGAUCAUUGGACCAGACAAGGGUUUGAGUUUGAUGAGACAAUUAAGGCCGAGGCCCUUAAACCUGCACAGGAGGCCCUCAUGAAACUAUUUGCUCUUUCAGCAAGAUCAGAGAGGGAAGCUCGAGCAUUGGAGGUAUGCGAUAUGAUGUCUGACCAGCAUACGUUACAGUUGGCCAUCAAAUACAGCAGUCGUAUGCGAUACAUGCAGCUGGCACAGAAAAUCAGUGAACUGGCUGUAAGGAAGGCAGAGGAGGAGGAGGCUAAACAAUAUGCUCAAAGUUAUGAGGAAGAAUCUAGGUCAACACCGUACACAAGUGUCUCUAGGGCAGAACAGUACGAGACAGAGUAUAUAGAGGAAACACAGGAACAAGAUGUUGAUAUGGAGGAAGAUGAGAGCUCAUCAGGACCGAUGUUAGCUAUCAAGGUCAAAGAAGACAAACAAGACAAGUCCCAGAAUCCCUUCAAGAGCAGAUCUAACCCUUUCAAGGUAUCAAGUCAACAAUCUAGUUCAUCAUUCACCAAGGGUACACAGGUAUUUGAUAGUAUGUCAAAGAAGAAAGAAAAACCCUCACCUUUGUUUCCACUGGAUACAAAAUCAACAAAAUCACAGAAAAAGGGAUCACAGCCUAAGCUAUUCAUGAAAAAGAAAUCGGAGCCGGUUAAAACAAACAAAAUUGAAGAGGCAGCUUCUCAAAAACCUGCGUCAGCUUUUGACCUAUGGUUGGAGGAGAACUGUGAAAGAUUGAAGGAAAGCCAUCAGGAGACUGACGAGGAAGAGUUCAGUAAAUAUGCUGCUGAACAAUUUAGGGCUUUAGCCAAAGAGGAGAGACAGACUUGGGUGAAGAAAGCGAAGGCUUCAAGUGAGAAGAGUAAAGAAAAUAGUAUUGAUACAGAACCGAAAGAUAACUCUGAAAACAAGAAGAGGAAACGUGAUGAUACAGAUUCGGAGGAGGGUGUCAAAAAACACAGAGACAGUAUAGAAACUGAUGUUAAAAAGACACCAUUGUCUCAAACAACUAACUCUAAACUUGCAAAUUUUGCCUUUAAGAAAGAUGAUAGUUAAUUUAUAUAUUGUAAAUGAUAAUGUUAUUUAAAAUAUUAUAUGUAUACUAAUUUGUAUGUGAAUAUCUAUAUUUUAUAUUCAAUUAUAAAGCUUGAGUAAUUAUUGAAUAAUGUUGCAUGUCUGUCUUGUGUUAGAUACUGGUGAACUGACCUGAUUAGUUUAACAUAAGGCAUAAAUAAGUUUGAGUCUGACUUAAGUUAAAAAAGAAAAGAAAAAUAACAAACAAAAUCAGGUUGAUAUAUUAUUGUACCAGUACAUAAGUCUUAACUUUUCCUGUUUACUGAAAGGAAUGGCUCCAUACACAAGACAAACAAAAGUAUCCUAAAUAGUAAGAAUGUUGAAUGCUUAUUUCUCCUUGUUAAGUUUUUAUGCCAGUUUUGCCCCUUUUUAUAAAUGAAACAUUUGUGUCAAGUUUGAAAAUCGAAAAUCUUUCUUAAUUUAAGUAAAAAAAAAUGUAUUUUGGAUUUCUUUGUUUCCUGCAAGUAAAUAGCUGACUUAAACUGUGGUUUAAUCUUUAUUAGAUCAGAAAGAUUGUCUUUCAACACAAUUAAAUAUACAUGUAUGUUAAACAACUAAAUAUUGGAUAAAAAAAUGGGCAUUGAUAAUAAAUCAAUGGAGCUUAGGUACAUUAUUUGUAUGUAGACAAGUGGCAAUUAAUACACUCAUUUAAUUUUGUUUCAAGUUCAUUUGUAUGUUUUUAUUGCAAUAAAUGGGAGAA